AGUACAUAGUUUCUACUUUCGGUUUGAUAUGAGUUACCUUCUUGACUCUCUCGAGACAAAAGAGGACAUUGACAGAGCUAUAACAAAGACUACUGAUAUUGUGUUGGUACUGAGAUUUGGGAGGAAUGAAGACUCAACAUGUUUACAGCUGGAUCAUUUGCUUGCCAAGUGUGCAGCAGAGCUUGCCAACAUGGCGCGGAUCUUCAUUGUUGACGUCGACAAGGUUCCAGUGUAUACCAAGUAUUUUGACAUCACCCUGAUUCCCUCCACGGUCUUCUUCUUUAAUGCUCAGCACAUCAAGGUUGAUUGGGGCACACCAGAUCAUACCAAAUUUGUUGGAAGUUUUCGGAACAAGCAGGAUUUGAUCGACGUGGUAGAAGUUAUUUACAGAGGAGCAAUGAAGGGCAAGGUCAUUGUAACUAGUCCUCUUGACCCAGCAAAUGUACCAAAAUACGAACUUAUAUACAAGGAUAUCUGAAGCAAGUGAUGUUAGCAACCUACCGAAAUACUAAUUUGCACAGGCAUCUGAAGCGAGUUGUAUCAGUAACCUACCCAAAUACAUACUCAUAUACAAGGACAUCUGAAACAAGUGAUAUCAGUAACCUGCCCCCCC